UCUCCCCCUGGAUUGACCUUUAAUCUCAGCCUCACCUGCCCAGGUCUUGGGGUUCCCCUCCCUCCGCUCUUUUCACGGUGCUGGCGGGAUGAGCUGCUUGCAAACCUUGAGCCCCGUUGCAUAAGGUAGAAGAUGCCCUCUCUUACCUGGAUCAAGUGAAGAUCCGUUUUGGUAGUGACCCUGCCACAUAUAAUGGUUUCUUGGAAAUCAUGAAAGAGUUUAAGAGCCAGAGCAUUGACACUCCAGGCGUCAUCAGACGUGUUUCUCAGCUGUUCCAUGAACACCCUGACCUCAUCAUUGGCUUCAACGCUUUCUUGCCCUUGGGUUACCGAAUAGAGAUUCCAAAGAAUGGGAAGCUGAACGUUCAGUCACCUCUUGCUGGCCAGAUAUCCCUGGAGCCAGUUCAGAACCCUCUCUCUGGCAGCAGUCUAAUGCUGCAUUACUGCCAGGAGAACACCCACAACCAUGGCGACUGUCCAGAGGAUUUCCGCCAGCAGCAACAGCCCUGCAAGGAUGAUAAGGUUCAGAUGCCCCUGGAAUCGGAUUCUGUGGAGUUCAACAAUGCCAUAAGUUAUGUGAAUAAAAUCAAGACCCGAUUCCUUGAUCACCCUGAAAUCUAUCGCUCCUUCUUGGAAAUCCUUCACACAUACCAGAAGGAGCAACUAAGCACAAAAGGUCGCCCCUUUCGAGGCAUGUCAGAAGAGGAGGUCUUCACUGAAGUGGCAAAUCUUUUCAGGGGCCAGGAAGAUCUUCUAUCUGAGUUUGGACAGUUCCUUCCGGAGGCAAAGAGGUCUUUGUUCACAGGAAAUGGGCCGUGUGAUGCCAACAGUAUCCCCAAAAUGGAGCACGAGAAGCAUCUAGAAAACAGUAAGAAACGGUCCAGGUCCCUGUUGCUCCGUCCUGGGCCCAGCCCGGCCAAGAAGAAGAUGAAACUGCGUGGGACCAAGGAUCUCUCCAUUGCAACAGUGGGCAAAUAUGGCACUCUGCAGGAGUUUUCUUUCUUUGACAAGGUACGUCGAGUCCUCAAGAGCCAGGAAGUCUAUGAGAAUUUCCUCCGCUGCAUUGCUCUCUUCAACCAAGAACUGGUCUCUGGCUCUGAACUGCUCCAACUCAUCACACCCUUUUUGGGGAAAUUCCCUGAACUCUUUGCUCAGUUCAAGUCAUUCCUGGGAGUGAAGGAACUCUCUUUUGCCUCCCCAAUGAGUGAUCGCUCUGGGGAUGGGAUGUGCCGGGAAAUUGACUAUGCUUCCUGCAAGCGUAUCGGCUCUAGCUACAGAGCCCUCCCCAAGACUUACCAGCAACCCAAGUGCAGCGGCAGGACAGCUAUUUGCAAGGAGGUGCUAAAUGACACCUGGGUCUCCUUCCCGUCCUGGUCUGAAGACUCGACCUUUGUCAGCUCAAAGAAAACUCCAUAUGAGGAGCAGCUACAUCGGUGCGAAGAUGAGCGCUUUGAGCUGGAUGUUGUCUUAGAGACCAACCUGGCCACCAUCCGUGUGUUAGAAAGUGUACAGAAAAAACUAACCCGUAUGUCACAGGAGGACCAAGAGAAGUUCCGGUUGGAUGACUGCCUUGGUGGCACAUCAGAAGUGAUCCAACGCCGGGCCAUCUACCGUAUCUAUGGUGACAAAGCACCUGAGAUAAUUGAGAGUCUCAAGAAGAACCCUAUCACUGCUCUUCCUGUUAUCCUGAAGAGGCUGAAGGCCAAAGAAGAAGAGUGGCGAGAGGCCCAGCAGGGCUUCAACAAGAUCUGGCGAGAACAAUAUGAAAAGGCCUACCUGAAGUCUCUCGACCAUCAGGCUGCAAAUUUCAAGCAGAAUGACACGAAAGCAUUACGCUCCAAGAGCCUACUGAAUGAGAUUGAGAGUGUCUAUGAUGAGCAUCAGGAACAGCACUCUGAGGGAAGAGGGGCUACUAACGAGCCACAUCUCAUCUUCGUCUAUGAAGACAAGCAGAUCCUGGAUGAUGCAGCUGCCUUAAUCAGCUACUAUGUGAAACGGCAGCCCACUAUCCAAAAGGAGGACCAGGCUACUAUUCGGCAGAUUGUCCAUCACUUCAUCCCUGACCUGUUUUUCUCCCAGCUGCCUGAGCACCCAGUUCCCGAAGAGUUACCCAGCGAGGAGAAGGGGAGCCCAAAGGCUCACACAGUGGAGACACGUGAUCUGCGGAAAAGGCAUGCACCGGGCUCACAGACUACUCCUGUGGAGGAUAAGGGAUCAACCCUGGUGGAAGCCCAUGAGCUGAGAAAGAGGAAUCCCCCUGGCCCACCCGCAAGCCCUAUGGAGGAGAAGCCAUCUGCCUUGGAGGGCCAUGAACUGCGCAAAAGAAACCCCCCGGCCCCUCCUGCCAGCCCUGCAAAGGACAAAGGGAGUCUGGAAAGCAUUGUGCCUUCCACUCGGUCCCACUGUACACUUGACAAUGUUUAUACUCUUUUCUUUGCCAAUAACAACUGGUACUUCUUCCUUCGCCUUCAUCAGACUCUUUGCUCACGGCUCCUCAAGAUUUACCGUCAGGCACAGAAGCAACUGCUGGAAUAUCGGACAGAGAAAGAGAGAGAGAAGCUGUUGUGCGAAGGCAGGAAGGAGCGGGCCAAUGACCCCGCCAUGGAGCUGAGGUUGAAGCAGCCAAGUGAAGUGGAGCUGGAAGAAUAUUACCCAGCCUUCCUGGACUUGGUGAGGAAUUUGCUGGAUGGCAACAUUGACCCCACCCAGUACGAGGACACCUUGAGAGAGAUGUUCACCAUUCAUGCCUAUAUUGGCUUUACCAUGGACAAGCUUGUACAAAACAUUGUUCGGCAGCUGCAUCACUUGGUGAGUGAUGAUGUCUGCCUGAAAGUUGUGGAGCUGUAUCUAAGUGAGCGAAAGCACGGUGCAGCUGGUGGCAACCUAUCUUCACAAUGUGUACGAGCUGCAAAGGAGACCAGCUACCAGUGGAAAGCUGAACGUUGUAUGGCGGAUGAGAACUGCUUCAAGGUAAUGUUCCUUCAAAGGAAGGACCAAGUGAUCAUGACCAUUGAACUGUUGGACACAGAAGAGACUCAAACUGAAGACCCUAUGGAAGUCCAGCAUUUGACUAAUUAUGUGGAACAGUAUGUGGGAGUGGAGGGGACCCCAAGCAGUCAGAAUGAAGGCUUUCUCUUAAAACCAGUCUUUCUGCAGAGGAACCUUGAUAAGUUCCGGCGAUGGCAGUGCCAGCAAAUCCAGGCCAUGCGUGACAAAGCGAAAAGUUCCUGGAAGCAGCUGAUAGGCGUGGAGAGUGCCUGCAAUGUGGAUUGCAAGUUCAAGUUGAACACACACAGAAUGCUCUUCAUCAUGAACGCUGAAGAUUACAUGUACCGCCGGGGAGCACUGUCUCGAGCCAAACAGGCGGCACCCCGAGUCUUGCUGCGGCAUCACCAGCGCUUUGAAGAGUGGCACCGGCGCUGGCUUGCAAGGCAUGUCAACCGAGAAGCAACUGAGAUGGUCCAGGACUGGCUGAUGGGGGAUGAGGAUGAGGACCUGGUGCCCUGCAAGACUACUUGUGAGACUGUCAGUAUACACGGGGUGCCUGUCAACCACUAUCACGUGCAGUACAGCCGCCAGCCCUCCUCGCCCUGACUUCCAGUCUGUCCACCCACCCACCCUAAAUUCCAGUGGCCCUCAUGGACUUCUGGGAAGGCUACAUAUGUAUCAUUGGUAUUUAUCCAACCAGCUUUUUUCAUUUGGGGUCUCACUUGGGGCUAUGAUGGUGUUCUUCCCCACCCCAUCCCACCCCAUGGAGCAUGGAUGUGCUUGUCUUGGAGAGGAUGGACCCCACAGCAGAAUGGAGGCCAUUUAAACUGGGGCUUUUCAGCUUAGGCCAGGAGGGAGAUUGAACUAUAGGAGGGAAGUAGGCAGAGGCUAGAAGAGACAGGCCAUUGCUGUUUAAAAAGUUCCAAAGGUGUCACAUAUUGGGGAUGGGGUCUCCAAGGAUCUAUGACAAUGACUUAUUUGUAUCAUUGAGCAGCAAACAAAAUGUCAAGUGUGGAAACCUUGACUUUCUCACUUUUUCCCUAUAUUCUAAUCCUUGGCACCUUCUGUUAGCAUUCUUACUUGGUGAAGUUAUCCAAGUGAGUGCUGCAUUGUGGGCAACUAGGGCUCUUACCCCUUUGAAAAUGGGAGAACCCAAGAUUUCUUUAAGAACCAUCAGUCCAUGUUUUCCUGCAAAGAAAGAAGAGGUUUAGAUUUGCAUUCUCUCUCUACCCAUCUCCAAAACCUUUUCUGAUCUAGUGCAAAAUUUGGCCUGGGUAAAGUUCAAGGUGUUGUUCCUCCCACACAGGCUUUAAUGUGUUCACUUAUCUAUGCCAUCUUACUCCUUCACUUGUGUGCCCCUUGGGGCAACAAGAUUUGCAGGUCCUAUCUCUGGAUAAAAGGUGCCUGUGCAGAGGUGCUGGAUUCUUCAGUGGGAAAGACCUGAUGUAGGUUUGGGGUUUUUUGUGCUGAAGAGCAGCAGCUUUGGGUCUCCCAUAAGGGGCUGCUGCCCUCCCUGCUUCCAAAAAGUCCUUGGUGUCUAGGGACUUUCUUCUACUUGCAAAAUAUGCGGUUGCAUUCCCCUUCUCUUCUCUUAUUCCCCCUUGCUGCCAAGGAAUGGGGAUGCACUGUCACCUUGUGCAGUAUACAGGAGUCCCGGCUCUACCACCUUUGCCUCCAGCAGCUUCUCCUCCCAGAUUUCCAAUUGUGUCUUCUGCUGUACCUAAGCAGAGAGAUGACUGCCUGUGCCAAAUUCUGUUAAGAAACUAUUACUAAAUGGUAGCUUGUGGCUUAAUGUGUGUUUGGUUGGGGGGCAUCGUGAAGUUUGAGAAUUUUAUCCCCUUCUAGACCACCCUCCUUCCUCCCCUCUUUUUCCUCAAACUUUUUCAAGGCCAUCUUUACACAUCCUUUUAUAAAUCAGUUAAUUUAUAAUCUGAGUGGACAAAGCAAGACUCUAUCCUUUGUAUCCUUCUCAUCGCUCAAUGUGGUGUUAGCAAGGGCUACAUGAAACCAACAGGGACCUGUCAGUAGCCGGAAAAGAAGACAAGAACAUUCUUCAGUUUUUCUGAAGGAUCUCUUGCUUUUUUAAAAUUGGUUUUGGCUUGUAUUUGCUUUGCAA